AUGGCUCCUUAUGAUAGUGAUUCAUCCGGAGGUGAAGAAGAAGAUUACACAGAAACAAAUGUUCUUCUUGGAUAUGCUGGAAAGGAACCUCAAGACGACACAAUCAGUUAUUUAGGAGGGGAGCCUACGUGGAUCGACCCUACCACUCCUCCAUCCGCAUCCCUCGCAAAAUGCAAAGUCUGCAAUGACCUCAUGGUCCUCAUCCUCCAACUCAAUGCCGAUUCCCCUUCUCACUUUCCAGACCAUGAACGUCGUCUUUAUAUUCUUACCUGUCGCCGCAAAACAUGUCGGAGGAAGGAAGGAAGUAUUCGCGUAUUGCGCGCAAAGCCAGAACCUACAAAACAAGCAGUUAAUCUAGGAGAGAGUCUAUUUGGGGCCAAACCAUCGACAUCGGGAAAUCCAUUUGCGACUGGCUCGAAUUCUUCCUCUACAGGAACGGGAGGAAAUACCUUCUCGAAUCCCUUUGCAGCAGCCGGUCUAUCGACUUCUGAACUCGCUGCCAAACCCCCUCAAGACCCCUCUUCAUCCCCCGAACCCACAUCCACAGAAACUCCGAAAGAUACCCUCCCAAAAACCUUCGCAUCGGCCCUCUCUCUCAACAACCCACAAUCCCCUGCAACUCCAACCACUCCACCCCACGAACCCUGGCCUACAAGCAAUCUCCCAUCCCCAUACCCUCUCUACUACCUCGUAGAUGCCGACUACGAAACCCUCGAUAAAGAACCCCUACCUCCACCCCCGCAAGCCACAAUAGUCGACGACACCCCAGACUCCUCAUCGGGCGGAAAAGAAGACAAAGAGGUCUUCGAAUCAACACACGAUACCACCUUCCAAAAAUUCGCCGAUCGUCUCUCCCAAAAUCCCGAACAAGUAAUCCGUUAUGAAUUACGCGGUUCUCCAUUACUCUACUCCAAAACCGAUUCUGUAGGAAAGAUCUUCGCAGAUGCUGCAAAGGGGAAUGAGAAGGUUAAAGUUAGUAGUGGAAGCGGGAGCGGGAAAAUCCCCCGUUGUGCGAAUUGUGGAGCGGGAAGAGUAUUCGAGGUACAAGUCACUCCGCAUGCGAUUAUGGAGUUGGAGAGGGAAGAAAAGGGUCUCGAUGGGAUGGAUUGGGGGACGGUGAUUGUGGGCGUCUGCGAGAGGGAUUGUGUGCCUACAUGGGUGGAAAGUGGGAAGACGGGGUAUGUGGAGGAAUGGGCGGGAGUGCAGUGGGAAGAGUUGGGCGGGAAGAAGUAA